AUGAAGACUUCUCCAAAUGUCUCAUCAUCACGACGCAAGUCAAGGAAGGCACACUUCAGUGCUACUUCCAAUGAACGAAGAAAGAUCAUGUCAGCUGCCUUGUCAAAGGAGUUGAGGGAAAAGUACCAUGUUCGCUCAUUACCUAUUCGCAAAGACGAUGAAGUUACCAUCGUCAGAGGAACAGCCAAAGGUCGUGAAGGCAAAGUCAUUCAAGUGUACCGCUUAAAAUACUGCAUCCACGUUGAAAAGAUUACAAGGGACAAGGUCAAUGGUGCCCCUGUUCAAAUUCCAAUCCACCCAUCCAAUGUAGUCAUCACCAAACCAAAGUUGGAUAACGAUAGACGAGCACUCCUAGCUCGCAAAGACAGAGUCGCUGCUGCUGCCAAGAGUACUGUCGCCAUGAAGGAAUAA